CCUCACCCAAAACAGCUGCCGCUCAGCCGACCCGCGCUCGCCCAUUGACGGCGACGCGACGCAGCAGGCCGCACCUGUUUUUCUUAUGCACACUGUAUGGUGCCGCAGGAGCUGCGAUACCAGCGAAAGCGUCAGUUUCCACAGGUUCGUCGACGAUGGCAGUGCGUUUAUCAACGAGGUGAAGAUGACAUCCAUGAUGGCGGUGCUCGCUCCCGAAGCAUACCGGGGCCAAGCGCCCCACUAUGCUGAUCCCCAAGAGGUUGGCAUCUAUUCGCUGGUCGGUGCCGAGGGCUCUUACGCUUCUGGCAACGUACACGGAAAGUACCUGAGCAUGCCGCCGAGAAGACACAACCUCAACUGGGACCUGGACCACGGAUUUGCUAAGGCUGAGCGCUUUGUCAGAGAAGAAGUACCCACUAUGGAGACCCUGUUCCGCUGGAUUCUGGACAACAAGAGGGAAUUUUCAAGCGCAAUCGAAGCCGCAUGCCGAGAUGUUCACUCGUCAUUUCCCGGGUACAAAUUGUGGAAUUGGUGGUCCCAGUCGUACAUCAUGGGACUGAAGCGAGUGAUCUGCGGCUGCCGCGACAAGGAAGGCUUCGUGCGGAGCCUCAUGGAGUUCGACGUGGACACAAUGCACGAACAGUGCGAGCGGGAACACCUUUGGUUCCGAGCUGAAGGUCUCAACUUCAUUGACAAGUUUCUCUCGUUUGUGCGAUCCAACAUGAGACGGAAUGAACCGAGGGUGGUUUACCUCUUCACAUACGAAGCCCUACCGGCAACGAGUGACCUGCAAACGCCUCGAAGCUCCCGGAGAGUACGAAGUCCUUCCGGAGUGGUUCCUGAACGAGUUCUGAAAAGAUGACGAGGCGCAUGACUUCGUGUUUAUUGCUUAUGACUUCCUGCGUAGAGACUUCGGAGAUCUUGUUUUUUAGCUGUGAUUUUUAAUCUGUCGUUUUUCUUCCUGAUAUAUAUAUUCUGGACGUUACACGUGAUAUGUAUCAUUCUGUCCGUGAAGUACUCAAUUCCAACGUGUUUACAAAAUA